AUGAUUAAAAAUUGUGAGUACACCCCUUCGACUGAUACUAUAGUUCGAGAUCAUGUAGUGUUUGGAAUAAGAGAUGCUAAAGUUCAGGGCCAACUUUCGCGCAUAGAUGUCGAAAAGUUGACGCUUGAGAAAGCCUUGUCUCACUACCUUUCAGCUGAAGUAACUAACGCCAAGCUAAAGGAAAUAAGACACCCCCCGGAAGAAAAGGAAGUUCUGGUCGUGUCGACUGAUCCCAAACAACAAAAAGCAAAGCCAAACUCUGAUGGUUCUCCCUUUAAUUGCUUAAGGUAUGGUACUAAACAUCUUCCAAGACAAUGCCCUAUCCCCUGAUGGAAGAAAUCAUUUUGCGGAAAUGUGCAGCCAGGACAGCAGGAAGAUACACACAGUUGUCCCUUUGCCAUGCCCAGAUUUUGAGCUUUUUGUUGGAGAUCAGUCGUGUCGACUGAUCCCAAACAACAAAAAGCAAAGCCAAACUCUGAUGGUUCUCCCUUUAAUUGCUCAAGGUAUGGUACUAAACAUCUUCCAAGACAAUGCCCUAUCCCCUGAUGGAAGAAAUCAUUUUGCGGAAAUGUGCAGCCAGGAAAGCAGGAAGAUACACACAGUUGUCCCUUUGCCAUGCCCAGAUUUUGAACUUUUUGUUGGAGAGUUGGAGGUAGAUUUGUUGGAUACAGAGGCCUGGUACCGUAAAAUGGAAGUUGCUGGAGAUAUUGUUAACUUUACGUUGGACACCGGAGCC